AUGCACACAGUCUUAGUUCUUACGCUCUACCUGCUCUCCUUCGCACACCUACAAUUUGCUUUCAAGCUGGGAACCGGUGAAAACCGAUUCGCUGGGAUUGUCACCGUGGCAGAGUACUUGAAUAUGUGCCAAUAUCGGCCGGGCCAUAAGCCAUCACCCUCACCGGAACCAAAGCUAAUCGACUGCUCGGAAUGGCGCAGCCUUUCCUGCUGUAAGAGUGAAAAGGCCGAGGGCUAUCUGCAGGGACCAGUCCUAGGCUUCGAUCUGAACCGCUGU